AUGGGGAAGCCCAAACCCAGACCUGCCACUAAGGGGGCUGGCAAGGGGAAGGCUACCGCUACUCAACGAGGAUCCAACACAGCCUCCUGUCCAGCCAGCGCAGGACGGACGCGGCUGCUGUUACAAGGUCGAGCGGGUCGUCCUGGGCAGAAUCAGCAAGCCGCGCCAAAGCCCCAGGGCCGGGCCCAAGGGCGGCCCCAGGGGAGCCUCGCACAUAGCCAAUCAGGGGGAGGUAAUGCUGCAGCUCCUCCGCCACCGCCACCGCCGCUGACUACUCCGCUCGCUGCAUCGCCUCGAUCUGCACCUCCUGCUGGACCAGUGUCACGUGCAGCUGGCCGAGCACGUACGACAGGAGUGUCAUGCACGUCCCAACGUGCAUCACGCGCUGCUCGACGCGAGUUGGGGGCUCGCCAGGACCCAAGGCAGGGGGAGGAGGCGGGCUUGGGGCGUGCAGGAGAGGUGACGGUGGAACUUGGGGCAUUGGGGGACGAGGCGGCUGCGGCUGGAAGGGCAGGGGAAAACGACGUAGCGGGGACUAUGCGGGUGGCCGCUGUGGUGCCCGGGACGGCGGCUGCAACGGUGCGUGAGGUAGCUGCUGCUGCUGCGUCUGCGGUAGAGACGGUGGUGGACCCGAUGCCUGCUGGCGGUUCUGCCGCUGCCUUUGGCGGCGACUCAACUUCACCCUCUGCCACCCCACGGGUUGCACAGUCGGAGGCUGAGGAGCCAAGUCCGGGCGCGGAUCAGGAGCAGACCGCGGAGGCGGCGUUGUCCGCGUCGCCGGCACCUGUAACGGCGGCUGUGCUGGCGGCGGCGGUGUCUGCUGCCGCUGGGAAGCAGGGCGGAGCCCCGACGGCGGAAGACGUGAUGAUUGUCGCAGCGAGCGCCAAAACGCCUGUUGCUGCCGUGGCCGCAAACAGGCAGGAGCACGGCCAUGUGGAGGAUGAGGUCCCAGGACGCGCGAACGGCGAUUCUUCCGGCGCGGCACGGGCGAAGUCGAAGAAGAAGUUGCGUGCCCAGCCAGCGCCGAGACGGCCCGGAACAGGGCUGGGACCUGGCCCCCCUGGACCCCUCCUGGGCUGGCUUCUGCAAGGGCAACCGCCAUCAGAGCGAGCGCAUCGGUCAUCAUCUGCGCAUACUCAAGAGGCAAGGGGGGUUUCCGGACUCAAUGAGGUGGCAAAUGAGACGACAGCAACCCACGAAGCAGAUCAGCCGGCCUCAAACCAGGACGAUGGAACAGGCGUUCACUUACCGCCAUGUCCUGUUGCCCCAGCCACGGAAGGCGUUGCCAUUCGUCGCUCGGCUCGGCUGGGCACUGUCACGUGGGGUCCUCCAAGGGGAGGCCGUUCGCCGUGGAUGCCAGCGGGGAGAGCGGGACUGGAGACCACAGCUCGAUCGGCGCCAGUGGCGGGCCGGGGUCUGCGCGGUAUGGGCCGCGGAAGGCGAGGGGGAGGGCGUGGGGGUGUCGCUCGUCUGGGGGGAGCUGAGAUCCAAGCCCGAACGGGCCCGUGGCGGGAACGUCACGACCGUCCAGAGGUUUCGGAGGCUGGAGCCAAUGGGGAUGAAGCCGGCUCUGCUGAGGAGAACGGGGAUCCAGACUUUAUGUGUGGAGAAGAACCAGGCCAAGAGUCGGAAGAGGUGUCGCUAGAAAACGAGGAGGAAGUGGGGGGAAGGCGGAAUCGAGCGGGAGGCAUAGGGGAGGCGGUGGAAGGAGAAACAUCCCACGCUGUAGGAGUGACGGUUCCAGCCGCAGCAGUCGCCAACGAGGCGAAAUCGCCAGCCGCCCUGGCAGAUGACGACGCCAUCUGGCAGAUGGCAGGCACGUGGACCUUGGACCUUCUCCAACGAUUGGACCAACCGUUCCUAGUCAGACGCCUACCACCCCAGGUGUUAGACAAAUAUUGCCUAUGCCUCCUCGCACCACUCCUACGGCUGUCAACAAACCCAGAAUGCCCAGGUGCAUGGGCGAUUCUGCUAUACCUCCCGAAGCUGACGCUGCGUUCGCCAACCGAGCCAGUCACUGGCAGCCGAUGGGCAGCAAUUGAGGCUCGCCUGCAUCAGUUCCAGCUGGGAGACUGGGAUGGGUUGUACGAAGCUGCUUGCACCAUCCCCGACACAGGGCGGGAGGAAGGGGGAGACGGCCUGCCACACGGCCUUCCCAUCCACCUAGGUGGUCUAAAGGUGUUGGGCAGCCCGGUUGGCAGCGAUGCUUUCUGCACCGACCAGGUCCGAGCGGCGCUUGCGGAGGCAGCUGCGCCGCUACCCCUCGUCUCCCAACUCAACCCGCAGCACGCCCUGCUCAUGCUAUCUCGGAGCAUCUCCCGCCGCAUUUUGUACCUACUGCGCACAACACCGGCAUAG